AUGAAAAUAAAUACACUUUUAGUAUUAGUAUUAAUCUUAACAGUUGCCAGUGAACAAACAAAGACAAUAAGUAAAAUCAAAUUUAAAAAGUAUAAAGUAAAAAAUUUCAUAAGUAUUAAUAAUAAAAAUAAAAAAUAUAUAUAUCUAAAAAAGAAACACGUAAAAAAGUAUGUAACUUAUUUUAGUAAAAAUGAUAUCAUAUUUAAAAUAAAACAGAUAAUUACGAGGAAUGAUUGUUUAGUUAUGCCUCUAAAUAUUAUAUUAAAUUUGAGUAAUAUAUUUUUUUUUAUGUUUUCUUUGAAUUAUUAUAAUUUAAUAAAUAAAAAUCAUAGAAAUGCAUUAUUAGAAAUUACUGAUAAUAUAAACUCUAAAAUUUUCCUAUUUAACACAAUAAAUGAUACAAUAAAAAAUAUACCAAAUAAUUUUUCGUCUUUUUUAAAAAUUUUCUUUUUUUCUAUUACUCAAUUUUUUUCACAAAUUUUUAUUUCUCAUUUAGCAUCUACCUUUUUUUAUUCACAUAAUAAUGAACAAGAAAGUGAAGGAAAAAAAAACAAAAAUAUGCUUUGUGAUAAAUUAGAAAACUUAAAAGAUAAAAAUGAUAUUGCAUAUACAGAAAAAGAUGACGUAAAAUUAAGUGAAAAUGAUAAAAAGAAAGAUAAUGAAAGCAAUGAAAUAAGUUCAAAUAAAAAAAAAGAUUUAUAUUCCCAUUUUUUAAAAGAACAAAUUAGUAGAGAAAAUGAAAUAGAUCACUUAAAUUAUAAGGAAAUUAAUGAAAUAAAUAAUAAUAUAAAAAGUGAAAAUUUUAAAAAUAUUUAUAAUGAAAACAUAAGGAAUACUAUUUUAAAAUAUAUGUGUGUAUUAAAUCACACAGGAUUUAUACCUAUGUUUAUAUUUAAUCAAAUUUUAAAAAAAUUAAAUUUUCUAGAUAACGAUGUGAAUGUUUUAACUAACUUUUAUGUUCUAAUUAACGGGUUUAUAUCAAAGGUUUAUGUUAAUAUAUUUCUUAAAAAAAAUAAAUUAAUAAUUAAUGAAAAAAAAAAAGUUUAUUCACUAAAAUUAAUUUUUUUUAAUUCAUACACUUAUUUUAUUAUUAUUUCAUUAUUUUUGAAAUUUUUCAAUACGGCUAAUUUUAUUUAUGAAAAAUCAAUAAAGCAAAUACUAUUAACUUUUAACAAUAUAUUAAUACCUUCUAUUCUUAUUAUUAUUUCAAACAUUAUAUAUGAAGGAAUAGUAGAGAAAUCAUCUUUUUAUAUUAAAGAUUUAAUAUUUAUUUUCAAUAAUAAAUAUCUCUUAUAUCCAUUUUUCUUCUUUGGCUUAUUUUAUAUAAAUAAUCAUUAUCGAUUUUUUCAUAUAAAAACAAGUUUACAACUCUUUCUUCUAAUCCAAUCAAUGACUCCUCCUAAUUACAACAUUUUCUUUUUAAACAAGAAAUUGGGAGAUUUCAAAGAUAUAAAGAAAAUAUUAAGCUUUUCUUAUUCUAUAUACCUCAUUCCUUUAUAUUUUUAUUCUUUAAUAUUAUAUAAAUAUUUUAAAAAUAAGAAUAUAUAA